GUAAUUCGGGGCGGCGGGUCCCGCACGCGGGCGCCCACGUGACCGCCGGGCCCCGUUCCUCAGUCCUUAUAUGGGCAGUGACGUCCCGGGCAUUCAGGGGGCCCCCAUAAAUACUUACCGCCAGACUUGUCCUCCAGCGCGAGCGGCGGCGGGAGCGCGGCUCUCCCGGGGCACCGCGGGCACCCCACCGCCGCGACGGGGCGGCCGCCCGCCCGCACAUGCCUCCCCGGUUCCCCGCCGUCCCCCCGCGCCGGUAGUGGGAGGCAGGGGGAAGCGCCCCCUCCUCUCUCUCCUCUCCUCUCCCCUCCCCUCCCCGCCCCGGGCGCGCCGCUCCCCCGGCCGCCCCGCUGCCCUCAUGAUGACCGCCAAGGCGGUGGACAAGAUCCCGGUGACCCUCGGCGGGUUCGUGCACCAGCUCCCCGAGGGCAUUUACCCCGCCGAUGACAUCUCCGCCGCCGCGCUGCCAACUUCGGUCGCGAUCUUCCCCAAUGCCGACCUGGCGGGGCCGUUUGACCAGAUGAGCGGUGUGGCAGGAGACGGCAUGAUCAACGUGGACAUGGGCGACAAGCGGGCCCUGGACCUGCCCUACGGCGGCGGCUUCGCCCCCAACGCCCCGGCCUCCCGCAAUCAGACCUUCACCUACAUGGGCAAAUUCUCCAUCGACCCGCAGUACCCCGGCGCCGGCUGCUACCCCGAGGGCAUCAUCAACAUCGUCAGUGCGGGGAUCCUGCAGGGGGUCAGCACGCCCUCCUCCGCCGCCUCCUCCGCCGCCUCCGCCGCCUCCUCCGCCUCCUCCUCGGCCACCGCCGCCGCCUCCGCCGCCUCCCCCAACCCGCUGGCCGGGGCCCUCGGCUGCACCAUGGCGCAGGGCCAGCCGGCCGACCUGGAGCACCUCUACUCGCCGCCCCCGCCGCCCUACUCGGGCUGCGGCGACCUGUACCCGCAGGACCCCUCCUCGGCCUUCCUGCCCGCCGCCGGCGGCGGGGCGCUGCCGUUCCCCCCGCCGCCCUCCUACCCCUCCCCGAAGGCGGCGGCGGCCGACGGCGGGCUCUUCACCAUGAUCCCCGAGUACGGCGGCUUCUUCCCGCCGCCCCAGUGCCAGCGGGAGCUGCACGCCGGCCCCGACCGCAAGCCCUUCCCCUGCCCCCUCGACUCGCUCCGUGUCCCGCCGCCCCUCACGCCGCUCUCCACCAUCCGCAACUUCACCAUGGGGGCGCCCACGGCGGGCGCCGCCCCCGGCACCGCUCCCGGCGGCGGCGGCGGCGGGGGCGAGGGCGCGGGCGCCCGGCUGCCCGCCGGCGCCUACAGCCCGCACCACCUGCCGCUGCGGCCCAUCCUGCGGCCCCGCAAGUACCCCAACCGGCCCAGCAAGACGCCGGUCCACGAGCGGCCCUACCCCUGCCCCGCCGAGGGCUGCGACCGCCGCUUCUCCCGCUCCGACGAGCUCACCCGGCACAUCCGCAUCCACACGGGCCACAAGCCCUUCCAGUGCCGCAUCUGCAUGCGGAACUUCAGCCGCAGCGACCACCUCACCACCCACAUCCGCACGCACACCGGGGAGAAGCCCUUCGCCUGCGACUUCUGCGGCAGGAAGUUCGCCCGCUCCGACGAGAGGAAGCGGCACACCAAGAUCCACCUGCGCCAGAAGGAGAGGAAAGGAGCCGCCGCCGCCGCGGCCGCCGCCACCGGCGGGUGCCCGCAGCCCGGCGGCGGGAGCGGCGCGGCCGCCCUGGCCCCCUGCGCGGCGCGGACGCGGACGCCCUGAGGGCGCGGGGCGCGCAGGAGCCAGCGCUGAGCCGCCGCCGAACGCGGCGGGGCGCGGAGCGGGGCGCGGUGAGCACCCGGCGGCGCCGCGGGGCUCCCCCGGGCCGGAGCGGGGGGGGCCGGGCCGGGCCGGGCCGGCGGGUGUACAUAGGGGCUGCGGCGGGAGGAAGGAUGGAUGGAUGGAUGGAUGCAUGCAGUGCCGUCGUGGUGAGGUGUCCUUGGUGCCUUGUGUGGUGUAGAGCCCGGUCCCCUGUCUGCAUGUGGGGGGGUGCCUUACCGAUCCGCUCCGACGACAGCGGCGACACCGAGACCGGAAAGUUUUCCCUCCCUGGUUUUAGUAUGGCUGUACAUUUCUGCCUAUUAAUAUUGGGAUUUUUUUUUUUAGAGACUAUAUUUUUGUACGCACUGGUUUGGGGUUUUGUUUUGUUUUUGUUUUGUUUUGUUUUUUUCUUUUUGGUGACUUAAAAGUGUUACGUUUGUAGUAGGACUUGGGACGGGAUGUAAAUACUCUGGCUGGAACCGACGCCCGUUGUCCGCCGGGACCCGGCGCGCAGCAGAUAACACGAAUAAUGCACAACCACUAACGGGAGCUGGAAGGAGCGAGGGUUUCUUUCUGGCCACUCUGUAAAUAAACUUUUCGACAGUAGGGUCGGUGCUUACAACGUUUAUAAAAGAGGACAAAUAAAUCUCUUAAUUAUGCUAAA